CCCGGAUGCUGAUGCGAGGAACCAGAGCGGAGAAAAUAACGCUUCACAACGCUAAGAAACCGUCAAGACACGCAAAAUAUUAGCGCGCAACGUAUCAGUCACCAUCAAAAACACAAAACUCCUUCCCCAAAAGUGACCGGCGAGAGAGGACGCACGGCGCAGGCGAGAAGGAUGAGGAUGCUGCGGUCCGUAGCUCAACAUCAGCAGCAGAGAUGAAGCAGAGCUGCCAGAUCCGCUACAGUGAUGCGACUGGAUCUCCUUUCGCGAUCGCACUGCUCUUUUGGCUUGUCUUGCUCAGUGUGAAGCGGGAAUAGAUCUGUACCUGUUUGUUUAACAGCAAACGGUGAGAUUCUGGCUCCUUUACCUGGGAUUUAGGCCUAGCACAAGUGUACUGAAGGCUUGUGUUCACUUAUAAUUUACCAACACUAGUCAGGAGGAGUUUCUAAAUGGUGUUUUUGUCAUGAGGCGAUGGCCAGCUGGUAGAUACAUCUAGAAACAGGAGCUUACUAACAGGACCUGGCUUUCUGUAAUGACUGGGAACGAAAAGUCUGAUCGAUUGAGAAGGGUGACUUUGAUUGGCAGAGCUAUGAAUUAGUCUGCUUCUGUGGACCUGGCUGUUGCUUUGCAUUGCCAUCGGCAUCUUUGCCCUCAUCUACAUGACAAACAAAAAGAGUUCAGAAUAAUAAAAACAGAUUUUAGGGAACCCCGGAUAGCUCAGCAUGGAUAUAUUUCCGGGUUGUUGCAGACCCUCGGGAGACUAUUUUAGAAAAACUCAACUCAGAGACGGUGCGCUGUGAUAAUAUUGCAUGCAGUAGCAAGUUUAACAGGAGCCAGGCCGCCACUAUGUCUAAGGAACUGUCAGUGACCCAGGCAGCUCAGUAUGUGGGACCCUAUCGACUGGAGAAGACUCUCGGGAAAGGCCAGACAGGUCUGGUGAAGCUCGGGAUUCACUGCAUCACUGGCCAAAAAGUAGCCGUCAAAAUAGUCAACAGAGAAAAACUCUCAGAAUCUGUGUUGAUGAAGGUGGAGAGAGAAAUUGCUAUUUUAAAACUGAUCGAACAUCCACACGUGUUGAAACUCCACGAUGUUUAUGAGAAUAACAAAUACCUAUAUUUGGUACUGGAGCAUGUUUCAGGAGGAGAGCUGUUUGACUAUUUGGUGAAGAAGGGCAGAUUGACGCCUAAAGAGGCACGAAAGUUCUUCAGACAAAUCAUAUCUGCUCUGGACUUCUGUCAUAGUCACUCCAUAUGUCAUAGAGACUUGAAGCCAGAAAACCUCCUGCUGGAUGAGAGGAACAAUAUCAGGAUUGCAGACUUUGGCAUGGCCUCACUACAGGUGGGAGACAGUCUGCUAGAGACAAGCUGUGGAUCUCCUCAUUAUGCAUGUCCAGAGGUUAUCAGGGGUGAGAAAUAUGACGGCCGACGGGCUGAUGUAUGGAGCUGUGGAGUCAUUCUCUUCGCUCUGCUAGUGGGCGCGCUGCCCUUCGACCACGACAACCUGCGGCAGCUGCUGGAGAAGGUGAAGAGUGGAGUGUUCCACAUGCCCCAUUUCAUCCCACCCGACUGCCAGGCUCUGCUGCGGGGCAUGAUCGAGGUCAACCCUGAAAAAAGACUCACGCUAGAGGCCAUCGAGAAACAUGCCUGGUAUCAAGCUGGACGCAAUGAGCCGUGUCUGGAGCAGCCGCCCCCGAGGCGCGUGUGCAUGGGACGGAUCAUGUCUCUGACAGAGCUGGACCCAGAUGUGCUGGACAGCAUGUAUUCUCUGGGCUGUUUCAGGGAUCGGGUUAAACUGACCCAAGACCUGCAGUGUGAAGAAGAUAACCAGGAGAAGAUGAUCUAUUAUCUCCUGUUAGACCGUAAAGAACGCUAUCCUAGCUAUGAGGAUGAGGAUCUUCCUCCCAGAAAUGAUGUUGACCCUCCACGGAAGCGUGUAGACUCACCCAUGUUGACGCGUCACGGCCGCUGCCGGCCAGAGAGGAAGAGUCUGGAGGUGCUGAGUGUGACGGAGCAGGGCUCUCCCACACCCCCGCGCAGAGCGCUGGACACCUCCGCGCACAGCCAAAGAUCUCGAUCUGUAAGCGGAGCAUCAACGGGCCUUUCAUCUAGUCCUUUAAGUAGUCCCAGGAGCCCUGUCUUUACCUUCAGCGAGCCGGAGGUAGUUGCCGCCACCAAAGCGGGAAGUGGCAGCACUGCCGCUCGUCCCAACCGAUCGCAUGAACCCAAAACGCAGACGCUUCCAUCUAAAAACGCACCCGAACGCCCCCAACUCCAGUCCAUGAAGUCCCUCCCCUUACCCUCCUCCUCCUCCUCCCGCUCUCCCUCCCCUUCCCCCCUCCUGUCGCCCAUUCCCCGUUUCCUCUUCUUUCCUUCUCCAUCUGCGGUGCUGAAGUCGGUGACUAAAAGCUUGUAUCCCAUGUCUCAGGUCACCCCUCAGGGCUCUCCCCUGCCCACCCCGCUGGGUACCCCCGUGCAUCACCCCCACCCCCCCACCGCUACCCCACCCUCCUCCUCCUCUUCCUCUUCUUCCUCUCGAGCCGAGGGAGGAAGUGUGGGCGUGGGCUCACUCUCCUUGACCCCACCCUCUAGUCCAGGGGGAGGCAGCGGCAUGGCGGCCAGUAGCUCCGCCCACUGGAGGACACGCCUCAACUCACUGAAGAACAACCUUUUGGGGUCGCCGCGGUUCCACCGCCGCAAGAUGCAGGUGCCAACCUCAGAGGACAUGUCCAGUUUAACACCAGAAUCAAGCCCAGAGCUGGCUAAAAGGUCCUGGUUUGGAAAUUUCAUCAGUCUGGAGAAAGAAGAGCAGAUUUUUGUGGUCAUCAGAGACAAACCUCUUAGUUCCAUUAAAGCGGAUAUCGUCCAUGCCUUCCUCUCUCUUCCCUCCCUCAGUCACAGCGUAAUCUCUCAGACGAGUUUUCGAGCCGAGUAUAAGACUUCUGGAGGUCCAUCUGUCUUUCAGAAACCUGUCAAAUUCCAGGUAGACAUCUCCUUCUCCGAGGGGGAACGAGAGAGGGAGCGGGAGCGGGAGAGAGACAGGGACGGACAGAAGGAUUAUGGGAUCUACAGUGUAACUUUUAGCCUCAUGUCAGGUCCAAGUCGCAGGUUUAGACGAGUUGUUGAAACGAUUCAAGCCCAGUUGCUCAGUGCUCACGAUCAGCCCAUGGCGCAAACUCUUUCAGAUGAGAAGAACGGUCGCCCUCCUAGAACACCAACCAGACAGAACUCCCGGCGCUCAGAGGGCGGAGCCGACCGCUGCGAGUGGGUGGAGCGUGGAGAGGGCGGGGUUUUACUCCAGCGCAGGGGGUCGGGAAGAGAAAGAACCCGCCUACUUUCCUCCAGUGGAACACAAUCACAGCCCUGAGCGAGAAAUGUCGUGAAUAAUCAGCAAUCCGUCAAGAUAUGAGCCAUGAUACGAGACUAAACUACUCAAAACGAUCCUUCUCCCCUUCUCACCUCAGAACAGCAUGAUGGUAAAAUGUGUUUUUAAAGAAAUGAAACCAAAUACUGAUACACAUUGUGCAAGAAGAUGGGAUGCAGCAAAGCAAGAACCGUCAGAUAAACUUCUGGGAUCCGAGGAGCACCUCCAAACUUUUCUUCUGAAACUUAUUUGAUUUAUCAUCCUGGACAAUGCUUUGAUUCAUGCUGUAUUUUCUCUCAUGUGAUUUGGAUGUAAUGUGCAAAACUUGAGUUUAUAAUGACAUUCGUGAAAGGAAAGGGUUCGGUUGGGGGUAGCACACCAUCUGUUCCUUACAGGCCUGGUAUCCGUUUCAGCAAUCGAGUAAUUAUAGCAACAGAGACGUUAGAUCAAUUUAGUCUGAAUUUUUAGCCUCCGAGAAAAUAUGUAGAGAUCCAGAUCCAAAAGCUAUCAGCACCAAGAGUCUGCUCAGUCAUAUGCAAUAAAAAUCAAUAAGCUACAAAAGAUUCAGUUUAACAAAGCUGCACAUGCUGAAUCUUUUAAAACAUGAUUACCUCCUUGAGCGGACAGACUCAUGAUGAUUUUAUGACCGUAAAUAACUACCGUUGCUCACCAGCCCUGUGUCAUUAUCUACAGACAACUUCAUUUUCACUCUCCAUAGAAAUGCUGCAUGCUAAAUAACGUCAAGCUUCAGCCCCUAAUGCCUGAUCGUGAUUGUAAAACAUUUCUGCGUGCAUUUACAUCUACAUCUAAAUCUGGCCUCGAUUCACCCUUUUGGCAGCUCAAACGCACGAGAGCGUCUGACUAACGGAGGAUUCCCGAGUUCACAUGUAGAGUUUCCCUCUUAGAUGCCAAAGGGAACGGGAAUCAAUCCAAAAUGUGAAAGGAUGUUCAUCCCGAUUCUCUGUUGCUGCAAGACUUUUGGUUGAAGCCAACCAAGUGAAUGUCGUUGACUAUUUUAUUUGUGAAUUUUGGUUUAUUGAAAAUCAUUUAUUUGUAUAUUACUCCUGGGGAUUCAAAAAUGACCAUUAGGUGUACAUGUGUAUGUUUAAGAAAGAACUGAAUGUCUGAGGUAUUAAAAAUACAUAUUUUGGGGGAAUUGCAACAUAAUCUAUGGCAAAGAUCACUUUUCUUUAAGACAAGCAAACGUGCGUGCUUUGUUGGUUUUAAAAAAGAAAAAAGGAAAGAAAAUACACUUUAAAGAUGUGUAAAUUUUCUUUCACUAGCCUCACUGAACGGAAAUGCAAUUUCCUGAACCCUCCCCCUCACCUGUCAGUCAAACAGAUAGCCACGCCCCAAACUCACACCAUUGGUUGAGCCAAAGUUGAGUUCAAUUCAAAUUUUCCCUACAUGCACUCUUAAAAAUAAAGUUUAUUAUUAUUAUUAUUUUUUUAAUGUUUCAUGAAGAACUUUUAACAUUCAUGGAAUCAUUCCAUUCCACAAACGGUUCUUUAGAUUAUUAAAAUGACACACUAAGAAAAAAUGGUUCUUUUACUGAAAGACUCUUUGGAAAGCCAAAAAUGGUUCUUCUAUGGCAUCGCAGCAACAAAAAAAAAACCUUAAUUUUUUUAAGAAUAAAGCUGGAAUAGAAGAAAGUAUUUCAAACUCCCCCCAAAAAUCACACACUUCACCUUUAAGAAGAAAAGAGUAUUGCAGAAAAGAGCUAUCCCUUGCUUGUACGCCGACACACAGUAUUACCGCAAUGAGAGCGAAAGAAAGACUUCCUCUGGACAUUAUCUGAUGAGGAAAAUGUGCUGUACCUUGCGACCUAAAGGGAAAUUGAAAAUUGAAUGGUAUUUGAAGCUAAAUAAGCCAUUGUCUAGGCCACGGACCUUGCUCGCACCAUCACGAAAUAUGUACAUUCACAUCAAUUUGUCUCUAAUUAUGAUUAUGAUACAGUAUAAAAUAUGAAAUUGAUCUCUUUGUACAGCACUGCUUUGUCACUGGGCUUCCGUGCAGCGGUUAUGCAACUGAUCCAGCGUAAUAUAUCUGAAAGAGGGACACUCUCUCUGUAUAAAUGGCUUUUCUGCUCAACAGUUGUCAUGAAUCCUGUAAAUGUGAUCCAGUUUUGUGUGUCUUUGUGAAUUUUAAGUUGUCUGCGUGUCAGCUCUUUUCCAUUAUUUAUUUAUUUAUUGUAUGGAAACUGGUUGGCACUAAAAGGCUAAUUAUAUCAUGUGCCCGGUGUACCAUCAUAUCUUAUCAUAUUUAUAUAGUCUAAGCAAGGUAUCCAGUUUUGGGGAAGCAAACCGUGAUCAUUAAAAACUGACCAGUCCAAAUCUAAGGAAAGCAUUGUCCAUUUAUGCUGCAAAAAAAAAAAAAAAAGAAUAGCAUAUGUAUUAUGUUUUUGCAUCAGGUAAUGGCACAACUAUUUGGACAUAUCAUAACUUGUAUUGUCUUAUCAGUUGGUUAACAUCAGUAUAUGUAUUUUUAGGAAUAACAAAAGGACGAAAUGGAACAGCAUUGCCACUGCAAAAUUGAUUUUUUUCAUGUUAAAACUGGCCAGGUUUCAUUUGCUUUUCUAUAUGUGGUUAUGUAUGUACGUAUGCGUGCAAUGUGUUUCCCACCCCUCAACAGAAUUUGAUCUAUAUCAGUGAAUAUAUGCUGACAUCUCAUUCGCUGAGAGUGAAUCGUGCAUCUGGACGUUUGUGCACAGUGUGUGUUCACGAUGCACAGAGAGUCGUAUGGUUAUAUGGAUGAGUGCUCUGCAUGUCAGACCACAUUGUUCCUUGUAUAUCCGCUUUGAAAGUUAACAUCUGUGUGUAUGGAUGUGCAGUUGGAAUGCAUUAUGCUAUUGUGCACGUGUGUGUGUGUGUGUGUGUGUGUGUGUGUGUGGGAGAGAGGGAAGCGAAAUGGAUUCAGGAUGGUCUUCGUAAUCAGUUUAAUAGGCGUCAAUAAAAAUAACCAACAAGGUUUACAAAGCCACAGCUUUGUGUUGUUACUCAUCUGCAUGUAUUGUAUGAUACAUUCAUUCAUUCAAAUCAUUCCAACCCUAACGUUAGGUAAAAUGUAUCUUAUGGUUGUAAUAAAAUUUGU